GUAGUUGUUAAAGAUUGUUUUUUAUGUUAUUGUUUAAAGCAGAUAAAAUUUAGCUUUUUCAUUUCAGAUUAAUGCUUAGGGUUGUCCCAGUAGUAACUAGGUGUAUAAGAAGUAUGUCAGCAGUACCUAAUGGGAACCUACUGGGGUCUCAAUUGUCCCCAUACUUGAAACAACAUGCUACUAACCCAGUUCAAUGGCUGCCAUGGGACCAACAGGCGUUACAGAGGGCCAAAGAUGAAAACAAAUUGAUAUUUUUAUCAAUUGGAUAUUCCACCUGUCACUGGUGUCAUGUCAUGGAGAGAGAAUCAUUCGAGAACCCAGAGGUUGCUAAGAUAAUGAACGAGAACUACAUCAACAUCAAGGUGGACAGGGAGGAAAGACCCGACGUAGACAAGGUCUACAUGACGUUCGUCCAGGCUACUACUGGUGGUGGUGGUUGGCCUCUGAGUGUGUUCCUCUCUCCUGAUCUAAAACCAGUUUACGGUGGAACAUAUUUCCCCCCUAGGGGGGCAUACGGUAGACCAGGGUUUCCCCAGGUUCUACAGGCACUGGCAGCACAGUGGGAAACUGAAAAGGAUGACCUCAUCGAGGCUGGAACUGAGGUUUUGAAGAUCAUGGAAGAAAAGCUCGGAGGCCGGUCAACACAUCCUGGUCCUCUACCUUCAGCCUCCAUAUUCCCAACCUUGUUUGCCCAGUUGUCCCAAGGCUAUGACCCUGAGUUUGGAGGAUACUCUAAAGCACCAAAGUUUCCUCAACCUAGUAAUCUUCUCACUAUGUUCAAAUUACACUGUUGGGACGGACAACUAGAGGAUAGAAAGAAAAGAGGACUGGAAAUGAACCUUCAUACUUUAAAGAUGAUGGAUAAAGGUGGAAUACAUGAUCAUAUUUCUCAGGGAUUUGCAAGAUAUUCUACUGAUGCUAAAUGGCAUGUUCCACAUUUUGAAAAAAUGUUAUAUGACCAGGCCCAGCUGGUUACAGUGUACAGUAUAGCUGCUCAGCUGACUGGGGAGGACUGCUAUCGAUCAACUGUUGAGGAUAUUCUGACAUACGUAGCUAGAGAUCUCACACAUCCACUUGGAGGAUGCUUCUCAGCAGAGGUAUCUUUUAUUGGAAUUCCUGAGCGGAACUUGACUAUGAAAUGCGGGAAUUUUUUUUUGGAAAAUUCGCAAAUUGCAGUUUUCAUCAGUUCUUCAAAGUCCAUCAUGACAGCGAGACUGCUCAAUAAUAAAAGGGGAACUGAUCUGAGUGUGGCUGAUGUGAUCGUACACAAGUACAAUAUAGAGGAGGAAGGGAAUGUAGAUCCUAGUAAAGAUCCCCAUGGAGAACUUAUAAACAAGAAUGUUCUAACUACUCUACCAGAGAAGGCUCCUAUUUGUGAUGAAGAACUGUAUAAAUCAGCUGUUGAACGUGGAAGACAACUUCUGUAUGCUGCCAGACAAAAACGUCCAAGGCCUGCUCUGGACGAUAAGGUAGUUUUGUUUGAUGUGUUCAACAUUAUUUAUUUUGAUCAGGAAGAUCGAUUAUUGCGAAGUGUAUAUGGAGGAGAAGGAGAAGAACUAGUUCAACUACCAACUCCUAUUUAUGGGUUUAUAGGUGACUACGCUUUUGUUAUACAGGGAAUGCUUGAUCUUUACGAGGCUACUUUUGACAAUGAAUGGUUGAACUUUGCUGUUAAACUCCAGGAUAUACAGGACUCCCUUUUCCUGGAUCAAGAGCAGGGGGAUCUUAUACAACUAGGGAUCAGGAUCCUCAAAUAUAUAUAUACACCUUUAUCUAGGAUAUACAGGACUCCCUAUUCCUGGAUCAAGAGCAGGGACGGCGCCGAACCUUCCAGUAAUUCUAUCUCGGCGAUGAAUCUCCUUCGUUUAAGCAAACUAUUGAACAAUACUGUUUAUAGAACAAAGGCUGAAGAGAUAUUUCAACUGUUUACUGCUCGGUUGACCCAAAUACCGGCGAGUAUGCCUGCUCUGGUGGACGCUUUUCUCACAUAUCACCAGGAUGGACCUGUGUUGGUAGUAAAAGAGAACCUGAGCCUAAUCAAGGAUAUCCGAGUCAAAUAUCGUCCGUUUCUCACCAUUAUCCACCUAGACCAGGAGACCAGUAUCUUCUCAGGGUUCGGAGAUCUUAAGGUGGAACCAGGAGAAGGGGUUCUCAUUCAAGCCACAGAGGAGAGAAUUAAAAUUUCCAGUGUUGAGGAACUUGAAUUAAAAAUAAAAACCGGAAAACCAUGAAACAUUGUCCAAUAUUUUUUUGUCGAAAUAGAAAAAUUUUCUACAAUCAACGAAUUUGUCUCAAGAAAUU